AUGAAUGCCCGUCGAGAGAGCUGGGCACGCGUAGCAGCCGGCAGUGCAGGUAGCAGCCAGUCUUCCCAAGCUCCCACCCGAUCCGGAGCAUUCUCCCACCUCGUCAAUAGCAACUCGACACCUCACACGAUAAGCCAGAACCGUCACUCGCGCUCCAUGGACGCCGACGGACAUCAUAACAGCAUGUCCACAAGCUGGGGACGCGGUGGACCGCUGCCGUCCUACGCCAGUCACUCGGGCUAUUGGCAAGGCCUAGGAGGCUCAACACAAGACAUACCACCCUUCUUUGUGCCGUCCUACUUGCGAGGGUCCAAGCAUGCCGAAAAGCUACAGGAGGCGCACAAGGCGAAGCUGACGGCACAGCGCGAGCACAAGUCAACACACUCGUCAAACGCGGCAUCGCUGUCGACAAGCUCGAGUAGUGUCAACUUGCACAAGAUGGCACCUUCGCACCGGGGCCUGUCCCACGACAUCAUUGAACGAGCGCCUGUCUUUGUCGAUGAGCCGGUAGCGCACUGGCCGACCAGGUGGAAUGAAGGAGAUAAGUUUGCACAGCUGGAACUUGAGGAUAGCGGAAGGUUGGCCAAGUUUUCGGGCACACAGAAGACGCAUGAUGAGGCGGCAGCGGUGCGGGCAGACUUCCCUAUGCCCCGGCAAUGUGGCAUAUAUUAUUACGAGAUUACCGUCAUCUCCAAGGGCCGAGAUGGUAGAAUGAUCGGUGUUGGCUUCUCGGGUCCCAAAGUUGCUUUGAGUCGAAUACCAGGCUGGGAGCCGGACUCGUACGCAUAUCACGGCGACGACGGGCAAGUUUUCAGCAAUACUACGUCUGGGAAGGCAUAUGGGCCCAAGUUUGGCACCUUGGACGUGAUCGGCUGUGGGCUUAAUUUCCGGACCAACACAGCCUUCUUCACCAAGAACGGUCAUUUGUUAAGUACUGCCUUCCGAGAUCUGAAACCUAACAUGCUGUACUACCCCACAGUGGGUAUGAAGAAACCUGGCGAGACCGUCCGCGUAAACUUUGGCCAAGAACCAUUUGCGUUUGAUAUAGACAAAAUGGUGCAAGACGAGAAGGCAUCCAUACAAGCGGAUAUCGCGCGAACGAAAUCGUCACCAAACUUGCCCGCAGAUGAGACCGAAUUAAUACACCAGUUGGUCGGCCAGUAUUUAGCACACGAUGGAUAUGUGGAGACCGCACGAUCUUUUGCACAAGAGAUUAUUGAUGAGGCGAAGGCGCUUGCAAACGAUGAAGACGCAGACGUCCCCUACCGCGCAGCAGUAGAAGACCUGGAUGCAUUGAACAGACAAAAAAUCCGCACAGCGAUCCUAGAGGGAGAUAUUGACAAGGCGCUUAAGCACACUACUGCGUACUACCCCUCCGUACUACGGGACAACGAGAACAUAUACUUCAAGCUUCGCUGCCGGAAGUUCAUAGAGAUGAUCCGCAGAUGCGGCGAACUCAACGCCCAAUGCCUUCCUGUGCCCACACCACCCUCAAAGCGUUCGACCGCCUCUACUCACAAUGACCGUAAUUCCACUGCAACCGAUGAAUACGAUUUCGAGAUGGAGCUAGACGAGCAACUAGGCGUGCACAACCCACCACCAAGCUGGGAUAACAAGGAUCAGGACGAUGUUCUGGAUGACGAAGACGACAUCGAGGACAAGGAAGUCAAGCUGCAACAACUGACUGAAGCUACUAUUAACUACGGCAUGGAGCUUAGAGCUGAGUUCGCUAACGACCCGCGGAGAGAAGUCAAGAGGGCGCUGGAAGACACAUUCGCGCUCAUCGCGUAUGAGAAUGCGCGUGAGAGCAGUUUGGCGCCGCUAUUGGAAGUUGGUGGGCGCGUGCCGGUUGCGGAGGAGUUAAACAGCGCAAUCUUAGUAUCCCUCGGCAAGUCCUCCUCUGCCGCCCUCGAACGUCUCAUUGCCCAGACCGAAGCCCUCGUCACUGAGCUCGCCUCCGAUGGAGGCCCGGGCGCUUUUAUCAACGUCCGGAGAGACUUUCUACAGUAG